CGAAGUAAUCAGUUGAUAAUUAAAAUAAAUAAAUAAAUAAAUAAAUAAAUAAAUAAAUGUUUAGACCCUUUAGUAAAUCUGUUACACAUGCAACUAAGCAAAACGGCCAGAAAGCAUUAAGCAGAACUACACUAGCCCUACUGGGGUCGGCAAUCAAAGAAAAGCAGAGAAUCUCUGUUUUGAUAAUAUCUUUAUUUCUUAUCUAAGUAUUAUAAGGCAAUUAUUUAGUUAAUUUAAGUUAAAGUUAAGUUAAAUGUUAGACUAACUUAUUUGCAUUGCAGAUCAUAGGAGAUAUAGGAGUUAGAUCAUUUGUCUCAGCUUACAAAUACGAGCUGGCUGCUCCAGCCUACUGCAAUUUUUUUUUUGUCUCUAAACCGGGCAAAAAUCCAUAACAGAAUUAAGACCUGAAGCCCUGCCAUAUUUUGUAAAACCCCAGUGAGAUUAAGCGGAGGUAAUGAACAAAAGACAAAGUUGACGUGUCUCAACUUUGUCCAUUGACCUUCUCCCCAUUUGCAUUCAUUCUUCCACACCAGACAUCCUCCUGCCCUGCUCACUGGCUGGUGAAUGUGCCAUUUCCAUUCAUGAACACUCUAAGAAUGGUGCAGAAACAUUUUAAGAGAACGGCCAGAAAACAAGGUGAUCACAGACAUACAUCUACAGUUCAACUGUGACAAUGCUGAGACCUUGAACGCAGCUCUAAUAGUUGGCCAUGUAUGAUCAUAGAUUUCACAGAAGGCACAUAACUUGAUUUUAUUAAUCGCAUUGCUUUUUUUCCCCAGUGGUUAUGAAACAACUUGCAUAUUAUUCUGUGGAUUGCAUAACUCAAUAAAAUUUGAUAUAAGCAAUGAGUAUGAUUUCAUGUAAUAUUGGCACAAAGACAGACAUUCAGUACACAAUCAUGUGGUAAUCACUAUUAUUGUUUAAGUCAUCCCUUAUUGAUCUUGAAAGCUUUACUGAGAGCAGCAUACAAUAAGUAGUCUGUAUUUUGUCCAUUAUAUAAUGGGCUAAAACAUUUUAGAUCCACCCAGUACCACAGCCUGCUUGAGUGUCUGUGUGUGAGUCACGUGAUGCACUAGUUGCUAAGAUAUAAGCCCCACCCUUUUCAUGACAGCAUUAAAAGCCCCCAGAGUGACGUUUCCUCUUACACACAAUGCCACCAGCUCCCAACAAAACAGAAUGACUUCUCUGGAUAUGAUGAACAAAAACAAGAUCAACAGGGAAACAAUGGACAGAAAAUCUGAAAGCGUAAUAUCUAUUAUGAAAGAUGACAGCCCUCGUUCUUUGGGUUUCUGUGGCUGGAUUUUAAUCUUCAUCUCUAUCAUUUUCACCAUAGCACUGUUUCCGAUCACCAUAUUCAUGUGCAUCAAGCUUGUCCAGGAGUAUGAGAGAGCUGUGAUCUUUCGUUUGGGUCGCAUCAUUGACAGGAAACCAAAAGGACCAGGAAUGUUUUUCGUGUUGCCAUGUGUUGAUACUUUUACAAAGGUGGACUUGAGAUCUAAGACAUUUGAAAUUCCACCUCAAGAGAUUCUGACGAAGGAUUCCGUGACAGUGUCUGUAGACGGUGUGGUUUACUUCCGGGUCAAUGACCCCAUCUUGUCUGUAGCUAAUGUGAGAAAUGCUGAUGAGGCAACCCGCCUGCUGGCCCAGACCACACUGAGGAACGUCCUGGGCACUAAAAACCUGUCAGAAGUGCUAUCAGACAGAGAGGGCAUCUCCCAUAGCAUGCAGUUUGCCCUAGAUGAAGCUACACAUCCAUGGGGUAUCAAGGUGGAGCGAGUGGAGAUUAAAGACGUUAAACUACCUCUUCAGCUCCAGAGAGCCAUGGCAGCUGAGGCUGAAGCCUCCAGAGAGGCUCGUGCAAAGGUGAUAGCAGCAGAGGGAGAGAUGAAUGCAUCACGGGCCUUAAAGGAGGCCUCUCUGGUUAUUGCUGAGUCACCUUCAGCUCUGCAGCUUCGCUACCUCCAAACACUCAACACCAUCUCAGCCGAGAGGAACUCCACCAUCAUCUUCCCCCUGCCCAUUGACCUCUUGCAGCACUUUGUAUCGCAUAAAUAAUGUUAAAUUAUAAGUCUGCAGUGACAAGUUGGACAUGUCUUAUUGUUUAAAUCAAACCUAUAAUCACUUCUGAAUAUAUUUAAGGUCAACUUUCUCUUACAUAGUCCUUUCUUCAUAGCUCUUAAAACAGCAUUAUGUUACUAAGUUUUCCUCAUUAUUAGUUUUAUGUUUUAUGUUUUACUGUAGUGUAUUUUCAUAAGAUUAUUCAAAUGAGUAUGUUCAAGUAAUUCUCAUUUGGAUGCCACUACCUAAACUAUGAGAAAUAGUAUGAAAAAUAUUACUAUUAAUAAUGAACAUGUAUUAUAUAAUAAAUAAUUAUUUAAAUGUUAUUUAUGUAGCAUUUUUAAAAUAGUCUACAAAGCAUUUUACAGAGAAAAUAUGCUAGAUUUAAAUGCAAAGAGAAAAUGAAUGAGAUAAAAAUGAUUAAAUGCAAAGUGUAAAAAGAGUUAGGAAACAAAAUACAAAGAGAGAAAAACACUAAAAAGCAUAUCUUUGUUUUAUAAUGAUGUAUUAACUUAAUAUGUAACAUGACAUAAGAUUUGGCAUAAAUAAAUUGUAUCAAAUGACUAUUCAGUCUUUUCUUCAUCCCUUUCUGUUGAGAUGCUGUAUUCAUGCUAAGUGUCAUAUUACUUGAUUAUAUACAAAACAUUUACAUAUAUAAGCAAUAUCACACAAAUAUCUGGAUUUCUGUAAAGCUGCUU